AACGUUGCUGCGUUCGGCCCGACCAUUUCCAAGAUGGCGAAGUGCGCGUGACAUCUAUCGUCGUCGGUCUGUCCGCCAGUAGUGAACACAACACUGUUGCCCGCAGAUAACGCGCGCGCGCACACACGUAACGAGUAACGACGACGCCGUCGCGGAUAUAAUAUUUUUAUUUCGAUAACGUAGAGUUGUUCGUACUGUUCGUAUUCGAUUUUUCCGACCGUUUUGUUUUUGUGAUAUCCUCCGCCACCCGAAAAAGUGUUUCCCCGAACACACACACACACACACGUACGGUUUUCGCCAAUGGAUUCGAUUUGGUGAGUCGACUUUGAUGGAUACAGUGCAAUGCCGAGACGACGGAACGGAGAGAUACCGUUGCCCGACGGUUGGGAUUUCGCGAGGGACUACGACGGAAAAGUGUAUUUCAUCGAUCACAAUACCAAGAAGACCACUUGGAUCGACCCCAGAGACAGGUAAAUCGAUGAUGUUAAUAAUAAUAGUAUAAUUUACCGGCGAUUCUUUUUGUUUUCAAAUAUUUCCGUCGGUACGGUUUUCGGGACCACGUUCCGGCGAUCCCGCGGGAUUUCGGGAGCGUGUAUGCGCGCGUUCACGGUGUGCGUGUGUGCGCGCGCGAUUUCAGUUGUGAAACGCACACGCGCAUUCCUUUGACAGAAAUCCGGCUGGAACAUCACGUUUUUUUUUUUGAACUGUCGUCAGUGCCAUCUAUAUUGAAAUAUGCCAAACUAUCCGCCGCGCCGCCGUCUCCCUGCGCCCCGCGCAUCUCCCACCCGUCCCGCCACUCACCGCGCGUUGCCCAUUCAGUGUUCGGCGAGUACGAAUUUAUCCAAACAACCGUGUGUGUGUGUGUGUGUGUGUGCGUGUGCGCGCGUGUGUUUUACAACUACACAUUGUAAUGGAAAUAAUUAAUAUUUAACGCACACGGUAUAUUAUUGUUAUUAUUAUUGUCAAUAUAUUAUUUUUUACACACAUAAUAUAUAUUUAUGAAUACAACUGGUAUUGAAGUGAAAUCUUUUACAGCGCGGUACUUAUUUAUACCCGACGUUUUAUAUAUAAUAUAAUGAAAUACGACAAAAUCGUAAUUUUUUUUUUCCCCCCAUAUCUGUUUGAUCUGUUCGCGUUCGACUAAUUAUAUUAUAUACGUUUACGUUUCUCUCUCUCUCUCUCUCUCUCUCUCCGAUACGCUUAAAAUAAAUUAACAUCCAGGUCAUCUGAUCUAUUAGAGAAGCGUUAGUCGUUACACCGUAUAAUAAUAAUCGUAAUAAUAUUAUAAUCCCCAAAUUUGUAUAGUGUAACGUUUUGAAAUUAAUCCGAAUAACACGAUAACAGUCCGAUGCUUGUUUACGUUUCAAAUCGCUUAUUAUUAUUGUAGGUACUUAUUUGCUCUUUUUGUUUUUGUUUUUUUUUUUGUAAAUUAACUUUCGAUAUUUAUUAUAACGCAUAUUUUUGUAAAUGUUACAGAAAACAAUAUACCUGGGUAUUCUGUAAAGAAUCGUGUACGAUUCGAGGAGUGGGAGAACCACGGGGUGGCCAAACGAUAAUUCGUCCCCGUCUAUAGUUUAGAUUUUUUUAAGUUGGUAUUUCCGAUUGUAUAGUUCCGGAUGGAGGAAUUUCAGGCCAAUACAAAAACGUCAUCGAUAAUAAAUUAUUGUGAGUUUGAUUCGGUUUCGAAUAUUUGAUGUGGUGUAAGUGGUUGAUAAUGUUCGGAAACUUUAUCUCGAAAUACCUGAAAUGACUGUACAUACAGCUCGUACUAAAACGACGCCACUGACCUAUAGAUGUUUGUCAUGACGUGUUUAUAAAGUAGAAUUCUAUGCACCUACCUUUAUGAAAGAAGGUUCCCGGGAAUCAUAAAAAAAACCAAUUAAAAUCGUAUUAAAAAAGAAAAACCUAAAACGAUUUCAUAGUUACUCUAAUCUCCCUGUCCCUUAUUGGAUUCGCCCACCUGUCUAUAUAGGUGUAUUAUACCUAAUCACAAUAAUUACAUUUUUACAGGUAUUACAGGUAUUAACCAAUUAUAUUUGUUUCAUACCUCGUAAAUUAUACAGUUAGACCUACCCGCCGUAGAAAUUCGAGUGCUCGGCGUUUGAACCCUGGGAAUUUCACUCCGUAUUUCAUUUACAACGUUUAGACGGUUCUUUCUUUCAAAUAACAAGAUUUUGAUAUUUUAUUUGAUUCUACUGUAUUAUACUACCUGGGUGUUGUACGUAUGCAUUUUGAAACGAGAUUCAAAUCGAAAGAAAUAAUUUUUAAAAUUCAUACUUCUAUCGUUCAAGUGCAAAAUACGUUAACCGUUUAGUUUGCGUUCUAAUCACGAUUAAUCGUUUUAGGCCCCACCGUCCCACCCCGUUCCACACCCAAACCGUUUUUUAAAAUAACUCUACGGUACCCUAGGUACGUUAACCUAUUCUGUUUGUCGUGAUAUUACGUGUUGACUGCAGUUGAUGUACGACGUUUAUCGUUUUUAUCGAGCGUAUUCGAAUAGAUUUAAACUAUUUAAUAGGAUAUAUUGUUUAAUAAGAAAACAAUUCUAUACUAUUAUAUCCGCGCUAAUUCCUAGCGGUUGUGUGAAUACUUGAAAGUUGUAACGACGCGUUCGUUCGAUUAGCCGCCGCGUUACUACGGAUAUUGGCGGCCGCCGCCGUAUAUUAUCGGCCGAAAUAGUUACUCGGCCCGGGCGUAUACGGAAUAAUAGAUAUUGCGUUCCAGUGACGUGCCGAAGUAAGUUUUUUCUAGGCAAUUGCCGCAUGACUAAAAUGAGCGGGUCGUCUGGUCAUCGAAUAAUACGUUAAAUGUUGAUAAGGUAAAACUAGUUCGGAGAUCAGAGAUGCCCUCAUAGUUUUGCCUGUCAUAUUAUUUAUAUUAUUAAUAUACCUACGUAAUAUAAUUAUGAUAAUUUUGGGUGGAUUGGUUCUAAUUUUUUUGUUUUGCCGCCCCAAGUAUAAGAAAUGUUCAGCACGCCGCUGUUGUGUUCGAUAAUGAUAAUAAUAUCGUAUUAUUAUUGUUAUAUCGAGCGCCGCGCCGCGCCUGUAAUGCGUAUUACAGUACAGAACGCAUUCGUGUUUACCGAUUUCGUAAUAUUUAUUAUAAUGAUGCGGGUACGAAAAUCGAAUUCGUUUCAAAAUACGGCGGCGGCGGCGGUUUAAUAACUUCAAAAUCGCAGUUAUAUAGCUGUAUUAUAGGUAGAGACGUAUAUUAUACCCGUGAUACCUCUCUAUAUACGGCGAGUUAACAUUGUUUCGUUACGUGCGGUAUGCGUGCAUAUAUAUAUAUAUAUAUAUAUAUAUAUAUACAAAAACAAAUAAAUUAUAUAGGUACGCAGUUGGGUAUAGGUAUAUAGUAUUGUGUAUACAUAAUAUGUUUUUCUGUAGAAUUUAUACCUAACGAACUUGAAAAACUGGUAUCCAAACAUUCCGAACGAAAACCCGGUAAGUCGUAACGUUUCGAACUUUUCUCGUCUUCUUAUAAUAUUAUAUACGGGUAUAGGUUAGGUAUAUGUGCAAAACGUCGCCGUCUUCAUCGCAAUGUUACACGGUUUUUCAAAUCUCGCUUCUUACAUGUAGAAACGACGCGGUUUUCCUUGUACAAAAUAUUAUAUCCGAUUGCCCAUACUAUCGUUUUGAUAAAAACGUCAAUGUACACUCUAGUGUUGAAUCCGGGUAUGUAACGGGGGGGGGGUCGAUAGCCUUCCCUGCAAAUUUUUUUUACCCCCCCCCCACUCCCUUGUUAAAUGUAGGCAAUUUAAUAAUCAAACAAAUCAAAUUGGUCUUAAAAGAGUAGAUAAACAAAAAAAAAAAAAGAAGAUCAUUACUAUAAUUUUAGUAAUGCUCCCCCACCAGAAAAAUUGUCUGAAUUCAACACUGGUACACCCGCGUUCGAUUAAAAUGUACAUCGAUGCGCCGCAAUAACAACUGUAUACUAUUAUCGCGUGUACGCGGGCCGGCGCGAACAAACGUACGUUUCAUUUCCAAUAUUGUUAAUUAAUAACAAAAAUAAUUCAAAUUUUACUCGGGAACGGUAUGAACGUAUUCAUUUUUUUUAUCUAUAAAGCGAUGCGCGAGCGCGUGUGUGUUGACAUAAUAAUGUAAUGUCGUGUUAAAAAUAAAACGUCCCGACGGCGGACGACGAGGACGCGCCGCGCCCGCUCGAAGUCGUGUCGCCAUGCUGUCUAUUACUGCGGCUGCACUUGUGCGUUUCUGACGUCUCGAUCUUUUUGAUAUUAUAUUUUCCCUUCCGAUGUGCCAUUAGAAAAAUAAAAUGCGAUCCUUUCUUGUGCCAAUUAAAAUUUCACAGACGGUUGGUCUUUCGGAUCGGGUAUAAUAGGCGGUGUACUGCAGUAAUGGUAGGCAGGUAUUCAUUAUUUCCUAUCGGCGUUUCGGAUUUUGCAUUAUUCUUUGGGGUCUUGCAAAUUUCACAUUACACGGUCAAAUUGUACAUGAAUAGUAAUUCAUACUAAUUUACGAGUUUAAAAACUUUUUACAACAUAAUUGUAUUAUUACAAAGUUGCAUUGUGUUUAUUUUUUCACUUUUAUUUUUUGGGGCACAUCGGUCAUCUAUACUUUUGAUUUUCAAAUAGCCGUGCGCUGUGCCGAUAGUUUAUCGAUAGCAUGUACUCGUUUCAAAUUGUCGAUGGUAUAGUAUGAGAUAUUACGAUGAGAAGGUAAUUAGACGUUCCCAACUUGACUUAAGUGGAUAGCAAAAAUAUUAACUUACAAAUCUCGAUUUCGGCAAUCAGUGUUCACAAAUAUUAAAUUAUAUAACGAAAUAAUAUCAUUGUGAUAGUUAAUUUAUUUUAAAGUUACAUUGCCAUAAAUCAAGUUAACCAAAUGGAACGUUUGGUAAUUUAAAAUGAAAAAACUGUUAAAUUCUUUGACAAAGUAAUUGAAUUAAAAUUCGAAAAAAAACAUUCAAGUUGAUCAGAUCGCAUUGUUGACAUAUUUCACUUGUCAAUUUUUUGUGCGUUUCUCAGCCAGAUGAAAAUUAAUUAAACUGUAUAAAUAAUACAAAUUAUUUAAAUACUGGUGAAAUAAUCGAUAACCUUCUCGAUUAUCUAUAAAUAGACGUUGCCUAGUAAUUUCAAUGCAAAUCACAAACACUAUUUUCGACUACCCGCGGUGGUGUUAAUAACACAUCUUUAUUUUGGUGCAAAUUACAGACAUUCGAGAGCGUAUCUGUUACGCGGUUAUUAUUUUAUUUUAUAAAAUGAAUAAUUUACCACACGCGAUCAAAACGAACGGAAUUUCCGUAUUGGAUGAUUUAGUUUGUCACAAUUAUUAUUUUAUUGUAAAAAUAAAAUCGGUAUACCUAUAUUAUCAGUAACAAAUUUUUUUUGCGACCUUUUUGACCAUUUCAAGGUUAGGUAAAACGAGAUAUGUAUACAAAUUUCGUUUGGAAUCCACUACCGGCUGUCUUGACCGCUGUAGACGUUUAACGGUAUAAUAAUAAUAAUUAUUAUUGUUGUUUAGUACAUUGUAUGCAAGUAGUUUUAUAGUUUGCGGAGUAAAAUACGUAAUAUACGCGUUCAAUUUGUUGUACUGCAGUAAUACGUUCUGUAAAUUGAUUCGGUAUCAUAAUGAUUACGAGUAUCAGUUUAUUUUUGACCAGGGUACUAUUCUUAUUAGCGUACAAAUUCUUCUAGUAAUGUAAUAGAAAUUGCAGUGUUAUAAAUUCACACAAUACGUAUUUGUCUAUAAUUUGUAUUCUUGAAAAUCUGAGAGGUAAUUCUAUUGGUUUCGUUCGAUGAUGUUUUUUUUUUUUUUAGUUAAAGGAUUCUCUUUUAUAUAUUAUAAAUUGUACUAGUGAUUUAAUAGUUUUACGUCGCUUUAUUGAUUUUAAUUAAUAUAAUAUAGAACGCGAACAUAAAUGGUCAGCAGUGGUGGCUGUAUGUUGUAUCCCAGUUUUGAGUGAAGGGGGAUGUAUUUUAAAUCUCGGUUGGACCUUGUGGUUUAAUUCAGGAUUGAUAAUAUAGUGUUUUAUAUGUUACACGUAUAAAACCCCACGUAUGAAACGUAUACAACUUUAUAACGAUUAAGACAUAAGAAAUAUUAAAUAUACAUUUUUUUCUUUGAAAUUUAUUAUAAUUAUAAUAGUGAUUAUACAUUGAUACUGUACAUUUGAAGUUUUAUUGAGUAUAGACUCAUAAAUUAAUAUAAAAAAUUAAAAAAUUACAUAAAUUUGGUACAUUUUCUUAAAUUUAAAAUAAAAUAAAAACAAAAUAAAUUAUCCCUGUUGGAAAUUUAUUAUUCUAAUCAUUACUGAAAAUCUGCAAAUUUGAGUGGAUUUAAUUGAACAAAUUGUCCAUAACCCCUCUCAUUCAAAAAUUUCUGAACGCGGUUUUGUUUAAACCAUCCUUAUUUCAAUGACCAAACUCUCAAGGAGGAGAUGAUCCAUCAAUUCACCACUUAUGAUAAGUGGCAUCAGCAAAAAAGGAGGUUGAGGAUUAUAUCACUCUCCCUCAUUGAAUUAAAGUAAAACUAUGAGUAAUUAACUUGUAGUUCAAUAGAAAAAGCUUGACACAUAUUGAAUAAAAAUUGGCUGUUUUGGAUUUGGCUUUUUAAUUCGCACUGUGGGUUUUAUUUUUUUAUAGAAAACGUUUCUACGUUUUAUUCAUGUAUAUUAUUUACUACACCAUUUCCUAUUGCAAAUUUCUGAGCACGUCAAUGGUAGUAAUCGAUAGCUAUCUUUUUUUCAAGUAUUUUCCUUGUAUGUAGUCGACUACACUGUCGCAAAGUCGGUGAAAUUGACUGUAAGUGUACUACUACUACGUUUCUAAUAAUAAAUCUCGACCGUUUUUGGUCUAGUUUUGCUCAGAAUUAUUUUUCAAUGACGAUGUGUUUAAUCCAAUCGAUCGAUUUCGAAUUUUACAUAAUUAAUACAAUUUUACUGACUUACACUGGAAUGAGCUAUACGAGUCGAGUAUACUCCACACUCAUUCUCCCGUAGAAAUCUUCACAGUAUCCUGUCCUUAAUUACUUUCUACCUUGUUUUAUUACAAAAUCGAAUUAUAAAUUGUUACUCUUUAUUUUUUUGAAUGUUUAAUUAUAAAAUCAUACCAUGAUAUAAUAAUAAUGCAUCUUUGAAAAUAAACCAUAGAUUAAUUAUUUGUCAUUUUAACUUCUAAAAAAAUGUAUUCAGCCAAACGUUAAUAAAAUGUUAAACGGUUUUUGUGUACCGUUAUUUAUAAUAAUAUACGCACUGACUACAGUUCGUUUUAUUGUUCUUUAGUUAUUUCACAGGAACAUUGUUCGUAUAUUAAAUGUAUGUAUAUACAAUUCAAAAUUAGAAUUUCGAGCUAUAACCAGCCAACUGCAUUUUUUUUGAGAAAUUUACAUUUUAAUUAAUUCUGACAGAAGGAAUUAUUAUCGUAUUUUCAGUGCAAAAACGAGACGAAUCCGAUUAUCUGUAUGGAAAUAAUAACGCGGCUAAAGAAAAUUGUAAAUAUUUUUUAAGCAAAAAUCAAAGUUCUCAUCGUCUUUUUAACAAAAUUCUAGUUAAAACCAGAUAGUUCCAAACAUUUAAGAUUAUCUUCUUCUUUGAUAUUUAGAACUCAGUUUUUACUACCAUUAACUUCUUUCCUCCUUCCUUCAAUUUUCCGGACGUUACCUUCCAUUUAUGUUCCUGCUUUAGGCUUUUCCUCCACUAUUUCUAAUCACCUCUUCCGUGACCUGCGACGGAGUCUCCUCUUUUCGGUUAUACUUGUAUAACAAUUAUUCGCUUCCGUCUUAAAGAAAACAAACGGUACAAAUUAAAUCUAGUAAGACUGAAUCCUUUUUUUUGUAUCCCGCUAGACCUUGGUUUAAUUUAGCUAAAUUAAUUUUGUUUUUGUUUCCUGAAAAGGUUUGAAAAAUAGAGCUGUCUGGUUAUUGCACAAUGAUAACGCCCUUUAAUUAUCAUUUCUACAAAAAUGUACGUUAAGUACCUACAAUGGGAAUGUAAAAUAACCGUUUUUAUUAAAAUAAAUGCAAAAUAAAAUCAUGUAUAAUAAUAAUUGUGUACAGAAUGGAUAUUUGGAUUAAUAAGUAAAUAAAAAUAUACAAUCUUAAGCAAAUGAAAUAUAAUUAAUGUUUACGCGAUGGUUGAAAUCUUUCGAUUGUUAUCGUAGAAUGUGCGCGCGUUGGGCGAGACUAGCAGUACGAAUACUUGUCUUAAAAAUAUUAUUACAUGCAUUUUCGUUGUCUAAUGCAUUUCGAUGUUUAUACCCACAUAAUAUUUUGUUAUGUUUGGUACCGUGAAAAUGACUUAAACAACCAAUUUCCUCCACCCAAAUACCGAUUCGUGAUUCAAAAUUUAAAUACGAAUAUAAUAAUAAAUAGUUCAAAAUGUCUUUGGGGAAAUUCCGCAUAUUAUCGGUGCAGAUACCGUAUUGAUCCUGCGUCUCUGCAGGAAAAUUAGCUUUGCUGGUUGCAAAAUACUUUUGGUGUCAAUAUUAUAAACCGUAAAUUAAACAAUAUUUAUAUUAAAAACAUAUUAUACAAUUAAAUUUGUUUAUUUUAGUUCUAACGACAUUCAUACAUUUGAAUUCAUCAAAAGAAGCACAAUGCCGAUCGUCUAGAGAGUUCUAGGCUAAAUUUUAUCAAUAAUUUCGUUUAAUUGACGUUCAAAGAAUUCUUAAUCUUUAUCUUUAUCUGUUAAUACAUAUAUACAUAAGGUACUAUUAUUUAUUUGAAAAAUUCAAAUAUUUCCUCAAGUGAUUAGGGCGUCUCUGCGGGUACUGAUAGACAUAUUUUACACUUCAACUAUCUCAGCCAUUGGUGAUGUUUAUCUAAUACAUGUGAUAUUAUUUUGAUUGUGAAAACGUUUUUUCCAAUAAAUAUAAUAUUAUGUUCGUGCGUGAGAAAUUGAUUUUUACAAUAUUCGUUAAUUAAACACCGAUCGUAAAUCAUAAAAAAUCGUACGAGAAGUUAUUCGUCAAUCGCAUCACGAACCGGAAUUAUUUCUGAUUCUGAUGUAUAGGAUAUUUUACGGAGAGAGGCUGUGAUGUAUACUGUUCUAUGUUACGUGUACUCGUUUAAGAAUUUUUGUUAUAUUUUUUUUUCAUAAAACGAGAAUGAUGAUCCACAUUGUCGUCGUAUAAAAAUAAUUGAGUAGUACGCACAUGUUAUUAUUUUUCGAUAGUCGUUUUUACUUAGUAACAGUAGUAGUUGUAGACACUUUGACUAAAGUAUUAUAGUUAGGAGGUUCCUAUAUUUGACUAAUACUUACACUUACUUAUUAAGUGUCUAUUAAGUACGCGCAUGACUAUUGUAACACGUCAUAAUAAUUGCGUUUAUAUAUUUAUGAUAUUACUCGUUUAUUUCUCAUUUUUAAAAUACAAAGUGUAUCUGCAGGACUAAAAAAAUUUCAAUGCAAUUGCAAUAUAUAUAUAUAUUUAUAGGAAAUAGUCAAAUCCUGUAGAUACACAACCCCGUAUAAAAUGAUUUAUUAAUACGAACGUUUUUAUAUUAUGACGCGCGUGAUUAUGAUAUAAUAUAAAUAAUAAAAAAGUACCAAUAUUUAAUUUAAUUUAUUCAUUAAAUUAAAUUAAAUUAUAUGAGUAGUAAGUACUGGGCCUUACUGAGAGAACUCGUGUGAGGGACAGAAGUUCUAAAUCAAGUUAUGUAAAAAUAACAUUUCUAUUUAAUUUUGAGUUAAGGAUUGUUUUCGUGUCUUAAUAAGUUUUUAAUGGUCAAAUGUUAUAGAAAUGAAAGUUAAAUUAAUAAAAGUCAAUAUUAUUUUUUAUAAAUAGUAUACUAAGCCAUGUCCUAAACCUUGGAGAUUCGCAAUCGCUGAAGUUUUUCUAAAAUCACACACUUCCAUUAAAACGUGUCUCUCGUUUUUUUUCACCAAUAAACUUGUUUUGACCAAAACGACCAUAUUUUUUUUUUCAUCAAUACACGAUUUUACAAAUGAAAUAUUGACAAAUUUCCGCUGAGAGGCCGCCAACGUGCAGGAGCGUCUCCAGACAUUGACUAAUAAUUAAAUUGAAUAUUAAUGAUUGAUAAGAAAAAAACUGACAUACUUCGCACGAUGAGUGGACCACUGUUAUAGAUGAGAAGUUGGGAAGGUAGGAUAUUGAAAGAAAUUUAAUGUAUAUUUGUACGUAAGCAAAUUUAAGUAUUACCAAAAAAAAAAAAAAAAAAUGAUUUUGAGCAAAGAAAUAAUAUUGCUCAGGAGCGCCUUCAGGUCAAUUAGUAAAAUAGUUUUUUCAACCCACUGAUAUGAACUCGGAAGGAACCCCUAGGAUGAUAAAAGGCAUAAAUUAGAUCACAACAUACAUGCUUUAAGAACGACAAUAUAGAGUUAUUUAACAUAACAUAAUAUAAUGUCCACAUUAUAUCAGAACUUCAAAAAGCUAUAAUUUCGAAACUUAGUCAGUCCGCUUAACUUUGUUUUCACCAUUGUUCUUAAAUCUGCAAUAUACAUAAUUUUGUAUAGAUAACUCGGCUAUAGAUAAUUUAGUAUCUAUCUUUAGUAUACUUCAGUAUCUAUAUCCGUGAUAGAUAUGUACCUAUAAUAAUAAUGAUAUGAAGUUUUUAUACAUUUUUAUUAAUGGGAACUUUAAAAUUCUAAUUUUAACAUUAAUUGUAGGGAUAAGGACUACAAAUAUUUAAAUUUGAAUGAAAUUUUUCUAUUUUGGUGAAAAAUAACAUUUAGCUUUUUCCAGUCCUGUAUAUCUUAGUUCAUGGUACAGGCUGACAAACAAACUGAUAUUAAAUUAUUCCAAUUAAUAAUUUACUUUUUUUUUUGGUUGAUAUGAGAUAUUAUUUUUUUUUUCCAUUUAUAAGAGAGUUGUUUUUGGCCCUAAAAUAAAAAUGUCUAUAAAAACCUCAAAAUUGGCUUAAUUUUCUUGAACAUUUUAGCACGUAUAGAAAAGGCAAAAAUAAAUGUUCUGUCCAAAUUUCAAGUCUAAGAAUAUUUUUAACUGAAUUACAACAAAUAACAAAAUUGAAAAAUAAUAAAAGCAUUAUCUUCGUGAAUUUCCCGUUUUUCUUACGUUUUAUCUUGGGUUUUCCCAGUUAUUAUGAAAACUGCACAGAAAAUGAAAAUAUGACCUCCCAAAUGUACCAUCUGGACAACAUUCCUUUUCAGAAAUAGAGCCGCGUGUAUAUAUCUGAGCAAAAUUGCUGGUAGAAUUUUUAUACACAGGAUAAAAAAAUUAAAAAAACACCUUAGUAAAAACAAUACAUUCUUCGCUACACUCAGAAUCUAAAAUGCAAAUUUUUUUUUAUUGCAGUAAUUAUUAGAAAACAUGCAGUAUCAAUAAAUAUUUUUAAUCAGAGAAACCGAUACGCUCACAUACGGUACAUGUUAUAAAGGAUUAAUCUUUUUCUAUAUUAUAGUGGUAUAGAAAUUGUUUUGGUGGAAAUAUGGUUAAUAUCUCUUUUGUUGGUAACGUGUAUUGGUGGAAAUGAGAAAAGUUCAUUUAUCAUUACAAACGAUUUUAAGUAAAUGUUAAUCCAAAAAUACAAUUAAAAAUUUAAAAAAAAAAAAACCGAAAAAUAAACAUACCAUUUCCCGUUUUUUUCUCGGUUAUUCCUAAUUAUUGAAUACUUCAAAGAAAUCCAAAAAUUGAUUUCCUCAAAGAAUUAACGAAAGAAAAUUGUCUACCCAAAACUAUCCCUACAGUUGACUAUCGCAGCCAGAUUUCUGGUAGAAAAGUUGUUUAAACACAAAACAAAAAGAACUGAUACUGCUGUAUGCUAUUGUAGUAGGUGGAAAGUUGGGCAAGCAAAAUACAUCAAAAUAUUAAAUUUAUAUAUCUGUAUGCAUCGAUAAAUCGAGCGAAGUUUGGAUGCAUACAAGUUUUGAAAUGGUUUGAUUUUUUCGAAAUUUGAACUUUUAAACGCUUAUAAAAAAGUUUACUUUAAUACGCUCAAUUUUCUAAAUUCUAAGCCUAGCGAGAAAUGUCUCGGUUUUACUAUUUUAAAAAAAUAUUGUCUUGUUUUUUUUUUUUUUUUUUUUUGAAACCUUUUUGUUGAAAUUCGGAUCUAGUUGGUCCAUCGAAGAGGUAAUUUUUUGAUUUUUCAAUAAUUUAUCAUAAUUUGGGAAAAUUGGAGAAUAAAUUAGAAAAACAAGAAAGUGUAUAACCUCGUUUAUGACAUAAUGGGUUUCAUUAUUUUUGAUGUUGAAUUUUGUUUUAAUUCGUUUAAACAUUUUUACCAAAUACUUAAAUUGGCCCUUUUUAAACGUAGUAAAAUUUUCAAAACAUUCUGCCGAUUUGUAAGCUAUUUAUAGGCAUUUGACAUUUUCGAUUUUUGUUCUUAAGUGUUCUAAAAACAAUCUUUGGCGGGAUUGUAAAAAUUAUGGUAUUUUAUACAUAUAUUUAGAAUUUUAGAAAAGUUUAGAAAAAUACUCAGGAAAAAUAAUUGCUUAGAAUCGUUUUUCGUUAGCAAUGGUUAAUUAUUGCUUAUUUAUGUAUAAGAACUUAAAAAAAAAAAAGGUUUGAUAGCCACAAUUAUUAUUGACCAAUUUAUUCGUAAUUUUAUCGGAGAAACAUACUUUUUUUACCCAUAUUGUUCGCUUUAUUAAAAAAAUCAAAUUAAUUUUUAUAAGUUAUUGUAUUCUGGUAAUAUGAUAAUUUAAUAUAUACAUAUAAAAAAAAAUCUAAAACCCUGUAAUUGACGGGUGAAAUUUUUAAAUUGUAAUUAACAAUGUAAAAACUAAAAUUACACUUUUUUUCACAGAUUAACAGUAACUAUUAUAUGAAUUAAUAAUUAUAAUAUGCACUUAUUUGAUUAAUGACAAUCAUUUUUAGACAUGAUAAUAAUUAUGUCAAAUAACUGCAGUGUAUCUAGUCGGUUCUGAGAAAAACGCUAAUUAAUAUUAUUUUUAUUUGACGCGUAAUGUAUUUUUUUUAUGCGUUGUAAAAAAAAAAAAAAGAUUAAAUUUUCGACUUUUUGUGUGGUUCUCUGAAUUUUUAAUAAUAUUUACCUACGUAUCACAAUCAAAUUCAUACAUUACAUUUUAAUGGUUUUAAACGGAUGAGAAUUUUUGUAAUUUAACACGUGUUAGUAUUGUAAUAAUUAUGAACAUCCCGACUGGUUUUUGAACUACUAGCAGUACGUUUUUAUUUCAUUUUCGUUUUUAAUUACAGGUAUACCAAACCUCAGUCGUUUGCCGAUUGUAUCGGGAACGAAUUGCCUCUCGGAUGGGAAGAGGCCAUCGAUCCAGUUAUUGGGGUCUAUUACAUCAACCAUUUCAACCGUAAGUUUUACAAAAAUAUAGUAAUACGUUCAUAUAAUAACAGUAAUUGUAAAAAAAAUAAAAAAAUUUCAAUCUGUGUUAAUACGUUUUGUGCAGAAUGUACGCAGUUGGAAGACCCAAGGUUGGAAUGGAGAGCUAUCCAGGAAGCUAUGCUGAGAGAUUACCUUCAUACGGCUCAAGAUGUUUUAGAAGUGAGUACAAAACAUAAUUGAUAAUAGAAAUAUUUUUUUUUCGUAUUUUUGUUGUAUUAUUAUAAAGUACAUACAUACAUCACUAAAAAAUAUUGUGUCACGGAGAUAAAAUAUUUUUUGAUCGUACUAAUAUUUUUUUUUUUUUUAAUUAUAAUAAAAUAAUUUAAUAAUAGAGUAUCGUUAAACGACUAACUGUGUUCGGGGAAGCGAUUGCGAUAUUUUAGAAUAAAUUAGAAUAAUAUUUUUAUAUAUAGAUAAACUAUUUUAUAUUUAUAUAAUACAUUAUAUAUUAUAAUCGAAAGAAUUUGACCGGCAAGAAAACGAUACACGAAAAACGGAAUGAUAGUCGACAGUAAUUUAUUGAUAUCGUGAGAGUAGGAAAAAAAAUGAAUUUUUUUUAAUGGAUAUGGUGUGCAGUUACUUUUCGUAUUAGUGGCCUAUUCAUUAUUUAGUGAUAGUUCUGCCCCACUUUUGGUUCAAUGACAAAUUCCAUCGGACUAACCUGACUAGUCAUAAAAAUGUUAACACCGCCGCGUUACCUAUACGUAAUUUUUAGAAUUCCACGAUAAUUAUACAGGGUGUACGCCGUGUACGCGCGCUGUCUUUCCGGCGAACAGAAAUAUUUUUCGGCCGUCCUCCCUCCCGUGUUCCGCGCAAUUACAAUAAUAAUGCUUUUAAUUCAUUAUUUUUGGAAUAGUUUUUUUUUUUCAUACAUAUUAUUAUUUUACGAAAUUGUUGUAUUACAGUUUCUUAUAGUCUCGUUUGAUGAUGACGUGCGGAGAUAGAGGGGGUCCAUAUAGAAUGACGUAGGAAGUAUAUCGGAAUAGUUUUUUCAGCAGCUGUUCAAUCUUCGACGGCGCGUUUCUUUUAUUAUUAUUAUUAUACGCCCGCGGUUUAUGCGUCUCGAGAAAAAAGUCUGAACCGACCAAGACGACGAUAAAACGAAAAUUGAUUUAUCGUUGGCCUCCCCCCCCGCGGCAGUGUAACGAGUCUCGCCGUCGUCGAGACCGGAGGAGAAUAUAAUUUGGAUUUUAAAAUAGUACCGCUUGAUUUCACGCCGCGUUUUUAUUAUCUAGUAUUCCGCGCCAGAAAACCCGUCGAAGAUUCGCGCGUCCGUAUUUGGUUAUUUUUUAAAUUUUCUUACACUCGCGCACCGCAACCCCGGUGUAUACGCGCGUGCUCGCCUUCAGAAAAAAAAAAACUAUACAUCCGACCCUCCCCCUCCGCGAGUGCACUCGUCGGGCGUCCCGAGGCUCGGUUUUUUUUUUUUUUUAAAUUCUUCACGUAUCCCCCUCCCCCGUCCUCUGAGCGGCUGCGGGCUCUCGACGGCGGCGGUGUACGACCGGUGACGGGCGGGCGGGUGAUUGACGGCUAUCGGCGUCGGCGCCGAUCGACGGGCGGGUGGCAGUGACGGCGGUGCAGGUGUCCGCCGCCGUCGCGGCACGGCGAGGGGAGAUAUUUUCGCCCGGGGCACAACGUGUUCCGUGGGCGCUGCGGGGCUCUCGCAUCCGUCCGACGGCUGCGGCGGCGGCGGCGGCGGCCGCUACGACUACUACUACCAUAAUAUUACUACUACCAGUAUAUAGGUACUACUACUACUACUACUAGUUAUUACUACUACUACUACUACUACUACGACUACUACUACUACGACCACGACGACGACGACGACGACGUUGUUUGAUACGAAAAGAAUGCGGUCCCUCUGCGACGUUGCCGAGUCGUCGGCCGCCGGCCGUGCGCCUUAGAAUGUGGAAUGUGAAAUGCACAACGCGCGCGCGCGCCGCACUGUUACCAACACGUACUCGCCGCGGCCCGCCGAAUAUAAUAUUAUUAUUAUAUUUAUUUAUUUAUAUUACCGGUAUCAUGCAAGACGAGUGUACUAUAUCCCAUUACAGGCGUUUUACUAUUUCGGUAUUAUUAUUGUUGUUUCGCAUCGCGUUAUUUGUUCUUCGCACAUUUUUCUUCUUCCGUAGUCGUUUUUCAACACGAGAAAAUUGGCCCCUCCGCUCCCUCUUCCUGUCUAUAACGAUAUUAUAAUAGUCGCGAGUUACGAAUAAUUUUAUUUUAUCGGUCGGUCGAAAAACAUUACCCGUAAUAAAACCGUUUGCACGCCUUGUAGCGGCAUUAUACUAUCGGCGACGCGGUGAAAUUUCGUAACAAUCCGACCCAUUUUUAACAUUUUUUUUUUCCCCGAUAUCAAUAUAAACAAUCAUCACACACACACACACACACACACACACACAAUAGGUCACAACAAUAAUACGCGCGCCGGCCGGCCGGUUCGCGUACACAUUCUUCGUCUGUUCGACCUGUUCCCCCGCACGCAAUAAAUAUUGAAAAUCUCUCGAAGUAUUUAUCUUUUUUCGUUCCUUCGUAAGUAUUUACGCAUAUAAAAUAAUAUACAACAUAAUAUCGGGUCGAAUUUCUAUAAUUUAUGUCGUCGUUUUUCGUGUGCCCGCAGAGAGGUCGUAUUCACGACGUAUACGGAUGUGUGCGAGCACAGGAAUUCCAAGCAUUUCGGGGUAUCGGUCGCGACAAUAUGACGUAUGUGUGCGUGUUUUUUUUUUUUUUUUAUAAUUUUUCGUUUCCGAGACUUAAAAAUCCAUUAUUUUCGAGUGUGUGUGUGUGUGUGUGUGUAACGACGACGAAUGGAAAAAUCAUAACACGAGUAUAUAGAGUAGUAGUGCGCGUGUAUAGUAGACGUCCGCAAUAAAUACGUCUCCCGCGCGCACUACAAUGGAUUUUAUUAUUAUGUUUCCGUAAUUAUUAUUAUUAUUAUUAUUUUAUUUUUUUUUUUGUAAAACGGACGUAACAAAACGAGAAAAAAAAUCCGCCGCGGAAUUCAAACUGGCCGGUUUAUUUCGUGCGGUACGCUGACGUCGUCGACGAGAGCUACCGAUACGAAAUGAAAUCGUCAUUGUCAAUCGAUAUGCAGUGAUUAUUGUACAUGCGUAUAUACGUAUCUGCAGUUACGCGGUAUGUAGAGAGGAACAGGGUUUGUGCCGCGUAAGCGACUAUUGUGCGCGAACACGGUAUAAAAAACACAAAAAUACAAAAUAAAUAAAAAUCCUCCGCGGCGGUUCCUGCACCGCGAUCCGUGCUACCCGGCCGCAAUGCCCAAGACCAUGCCGACUCGGCGGCUACCAGUGUUACACGCCUCUACUCCGAGCUGGUCUUGGCGGCGGCAGCAACAGCUCUUCAAUCGUUUUACGGACGAGCCGCCGCCGCCGCCGCAGUGCUACGGAGCCGCGGAGAGAAUAAAAUAAAAUAAAAGCAAAACAAAUGAGAAGAGAAGAAGAAGAAGAAGAAGAAGAAGGAAAAAAAACCACCGUCGCGGCAACGCUGCAGCAGCGACCGACGGUGGCUACUAGUGUUACGAGCGCAACACGAUCGGAUUGUUUUCUAAACUGAAAAAGAAUAAAAAAAAAAAAAAAAAAACGAUCGAAGACAAUGAACCAUCUGCUCGGCGGCGCGGUGAAAUGAUUUGUACCGUUCCGAGCGUACCGAUAUCACAUGUAUAAAUAUAUUUGUUUCGUAUUAUAUACGUACUUCUUGUAUACCGGAGUUGAAAAUUUGAAUUUUUCGUAAUGCCCGCCGAUCGGACGAGCGAAAAUCGAAAAAUUACGGUCGUGUCGUCGAACCGCACCGCAGCGGUGUUUCGAUAUAAUUUUUCGCGGCCGAUCAAUAAAUAACAAUCGCGCUGUAUAUGUGGGCGCGUUUCGCGCUGUUCAUUCGUUUCGCGACACAUUCCGGAACCCGACGACGACGAGAUAAUAUUUCUCCCUCCCCCCCCCCCCCGUCCGGCCGGUUCAGUAGAAUUUCGGAAGGCUCGAUGGGAGGCGACAUGCCGAUUUCCGUAUUGGGACGGCGGCGGAGUAGAAGAUAAUACGGUGUCUCUCCGGGUUGUGGACUCUGCGACUCGGUGAACUGAUGAAGUGGCGUUGUCACCUCUGCAGCGGCGGCCAAAACUCUCGGACAGUAUAUAGGUACGCGCCAAGAGAAGAAGAAUAUUAUUAUUAUUAUGUAAUUGUCGGCUUAACCCGAAAAGGAAUUUCGGAGAUCGCCGCGCGCGUUCGCGUGUCGGUUUCAAAAUCGAAAAUUCCGCGCGCCGGUCGAUUGGCCAACAACCGCAUUCCGGUCGGGUUUCGUCACAUUUUUAUCAAAUAUAAUAACAAUCUAAAUAAUCUGUUAUUUUUUCAAGAAUAUUUUGUCGUUCGUUUCGGCGGCGGGAUUGUUUUACUGCUGCGACAGCGUGUCUGUCUUGUGUUUUACGCGGAAAUCGAGUUUUGUAUCAUAAAAUAAUAAACGAUUCUGAGCAAAAAGUCCGACGUUUUAAAAAUCAUAUCGAAAUUUGAACGUUAUAAAACAAAACGAUUACAUUACGCUCGACGUUUUUCGGCCACUAAGUACCCGGCCACUCGUACGGCGAUGUUAAAAUAACCUCGCGUUGCAUUGUCGAGCAUUUUCGCCGGGUCAAAACGAUUUUUAUCCGCACGAAACCAAACGAAUACGCUAAAAACACCGAAACAUUUCAAAUGGCUAUUUAUACAGCUUGAAAAUCGGGUGGUUUGCGAAUUUCGCAACGUCUAUAGUACGCAGAGAGUGUCGAUAAUAAUUUCACGUAUUAAGUGUGUUCGGUGAACGUCCCGACAAAAAACGAAAAAUCGAAAAUCACGGUCAUCGUCUACGUUUUCCCGAUACGUGUUUUUUGCCGAUUAUUUCGGAAAACUAUGCGGAAAAUGUCGUUUCUCGGAAAUCUCGCUCCCGUUUUCGAGCGCGCCCUUUCCGGCGGACAAGUCAAAAAAUAAAAAUGUACGCAUCGUAGUAAUAAAACACUCCAAUGCGUUUCUCGUUCAACGGAUCCGAAAUAAAUAAUAAUAAAGAAACCAAAAAGGCGCACGUAUCGUCGCAUUGAAACCGCUAAACGUUUGCUAUACGUUCAGAAUUCGAAAAAAAUAAAAAUAAUAAUAAUAACCUCGAACAGUUUAAUCGUAAAAUUACUCGCAUAGGAAAAAUAUGCACACUAUUCUUCGACUACGUGUAUUUAUACGUAUGUACAUACAGGAAUUGCGUUUCGUUUUAAACCGUAAUAAUUAUAUUAAACGAUCGACAUUCUUUUAUUAUUAUUAUUAUUUUUUUUUUCAAUUAUAAAAACAACACUGAAACCACUAUUACGGUGUGUAAUACAGUGACGUUUCUCCGGUGUUUUUUUUUUUUUUGUUUUCUUUUCUUUCGGACUUCAAACAAUAAUAAUCCGUAAUAAUAAUAUUAUACAUUUUAUUGAUUCUCCGCGCGGACGACGGACGACGACCGUAGUCGUGGGUGAGGGGGCUGGGGGGGGGCACGCGACGGACUCUCGGCCGUCGGUUUACCGGAAAUACAUUCUUCCGCAGGUGGUUUUUUUUUUUUUUAUAUACCUCUGUUCUCCGACUCGGUAUUACUAUAAUAACAAUAAUAAUAAUAAUCAUAUGACGCGUUACCUAUCCGGAUAUAUUUGUAUUUUUUAUAUUUUCGGUUAUGUAACCGGGGCCACGCUUAGAGAUAAUAAUAAUAUCGUCAAUAGAAUACGCGGCGUAUACGUCAUAACAUUAUUAUUAUUAUUAUUAUUAUUGUCGUGACCCGUAUAAUACAGUAAUAAUAAUAAAUAAUAUCCGUAGUAUUAUUGCAAUACCGUUGUGUAUUAUGUACGUCGCACUAUAAUAUUUCAAACAGUUUUAUCGUAUUUUUUUUUUUCCGUUUUUCUGUUUAGCCGAAAUAUUUAUCUCGGAAAAACGGUCGAAUAAUCUCAAACGCGAUCGUGCGCGUGCGUAACGUCCCCCGCGAUAAACGAAACAAUAUCAAAAACCGCGUUUCGACAAUAAAAAAUACGUUAUCUCGAAUAGUGUAACGUUGUACAUAAUAAUAUUAUUAAUCGCGUUUAAGAAGCAGAAAAAAAAAUUAAAGGAUGGACAUACUUCGCACGUGGGUGCAGCCACUGUUGUAGGUGCGAAGUUGGGAAGGUAGGAUACAGACGGGAAUUCAAUGUGUAUCAGCUGUAAACAACGAUAAACCAUCGCUAACGAAAAAACGAUUCUGAGCGGAGUUCCGUUAAUAGUGUUGCUUUUUCAGCAAUGUGCACGUAUGUCAUAUUAUGGUAAAAUGAUUAUGAUAAUGUGCGUUUUCACUGCAACAAUGAUUGUUGAAAAAAGAUUAAAAUAAUAAAAGCUUAAUAAUAGCAAAAAAUAAAUAAAAACUGUCGCCAACCUUUCAAUUUUUUUUUAACCUAAAGAACCGGGUUUUCCCUAUUAUCUCGAAUAUUAAUGAGAAUUUCUAAAGAAUCACUUCUCUAAAGUACCACCCAGAAAACAUUUUCUUUCAGAAAAGGUGCCGCACUCGAUAAUCGGAGUAUGCGCUCUGGUAGAAAAAGUGUUCAAAUAAUAAAAAUAAACAUCUCUGUAUAACCAAUACGUAUCGUCGCCAAAUUCGGAGUCUAAUAUAAUAAUAAUACAAUCUAAUCGUAUUUCGGAUGUAUCGUUUCACACCGCAAUAGUACGAUCGCGACAAAACAAAUAUUAACUAAUAACGCGCCCAAUGGUAUUCCGUCAUUACAAUAUUAUUAUUCGUACACGGUUGUAGUAUUGUUGUUAUCUGCGCAAUGCGUUUUUAUUUAUCUAAACGCACAUUUCUGUACGAUUAUCGAAACGAUUUCUUAACAAUGUUGCCGAGAGGAGUGAUCGUCGCGGGCAUAUACGUAGGUACGUGUGUAAAAGAAAAACGAAACGUCUCGUAGUGUAAUAAUAAUACGAUAAUAACAAUAAUAAUAAUAAUACUAAUGGGAAAAAAUGUAAUAUGAUAAUAAUGCGGUUUAAUCUAACGCGGAGGAGGGGGGGAGGAAACCCACGUACCCAUUUAAUAUAAUAUUCCUCUAUGACGAUUAUUAUUGUUGAAAUAAAUAGUGAAAAAACAAGUCGACGUUAUCGGUGCUCGAUGGCCAAUCAGAGUGGCGCAACACUCGGAAUUCGAUCGGGGUAGCACUAUAGUCGAUCUGCACUGGCCAUAUGGUAUACCGCCAAACCCCCUCUCCCUGAUCGCUCUAAUUCACACAGAAUUAUAGCGCCAGCUUAGCUAUUUAUUUUGUAGCACAAUUGAUUGAUUUUUUUUUUUAUAAAGUCUAAUUCGGUGUUUAGGUGUUUUUUUUUUUAUGUAAGCGCCGUCGUUUUCCGUCUAAAUUUCUCCGUUGAAACCGGCCGCUAUCACACAGGACCCCCUGGAGGGACACAUAAUCUAUCGUUAGCCCUCGUAAACAUAUUUCCAGCCCCCCCCUCCCCCGCGGGAACGAUUUUAAAACGGACCAAAGAAAACACGUUUUACACAUCAGUAUUAUAUACCUGUAUUUUAUUAUUAUGUCGUAUCAGCAAGUGUUUUUCGCUUUUUCGAUUGAUUUCUGAACUGUAUACACGCGACGGCCCUCUAAGGAAAUCAAAGAGUUGGGGCUUGCCAACACAUUGCGCCUAGGUAUUUAUUAUUAUACGGUUAGAUUGACUUCGAAAAUAAACCGUUCACGAAAUCGACGAAAAGUCCAGGGGGACAUGUGUCCAUUUUGCCAUCAUGGACGCCCGAGUCACCGUCAUAUCAGAUAAUCAAGAAAGAAAUUAUUCAGUAUUACAAACGUGAGGAACCAGGAGCAUUACCCCAUCCUUUCAAAGAGAACUUUUUUUUUUUUUGUUUUGUGUAACAACGAAUGUUUGUUUUCAUAAUGAAUUGGUGGUACAAACUGAAUAUACUUUGUAUUCGAUUUUCUGUAAUUUUUAUGUUUCACUGCGAGGUAUUUCAUAUUUUGCCCCUUCCCCUUUUCCCCGUCAUGUACACGCCACUGGACGUCAGCGCACAUUUCGAUUACUCAGAUGUUUACAUUUUUGUCGUGAGGUGCGCGACUACGUAACACGCCCGAUAUUAUUAUUGUUACGACGGCCGGAGAACAAAAUUAUAUUUCGUGUGGUCGCGUGUAUGUUAUGAGUUACGACACGUGGACGCGGUAACGCGCUGGAGGUAAACGAAACGAAUUUCCACAAAGAAUUUCGUUCUCGCCGGCACCGCCGCCGUCCCGGGCCCGGGCGCGGUGGCUGUGGAACGUUCUACAAACCCCUAGACGUCGCCGCGCCCCGUAGCCCACAGUCAUCAUCGCGUGGUCAUUGUUCGACGCGUUGUUUUUCUAUGCGCGCACACGUAUUAUAUUAUUACUAUAUGUGUGUAUAUGUGCGUGCGUGCGUGCGUGCGUGCGUGUACACGCGAUGCGGUCCCGCUGCGCGAGUGUGCCGCCGCGUCGUUCCCUCACCACUACCACAACCGCCGCCACGCCGCCCGGCCGUCGCCGCCGCCGCCGCAUACCAAAUAGUUGGGAUUCCUGAGCGCGCAAGGCCGAAUUCCUCCAAGGUAGACACCCGUCCUCCUCCUCCUCCUCCUGCCCAUCCUUCUGCUACUCCUACUCCCCUCCCGUCUGUAUCCGUUGGACCGUCGUACCUCCCCACUCCCCGCAGCCGCAUACCGCAGCCGGCGGCCGCUCCGGCGGACGGGCAACCGAAAAACUAACCCCUUGGGUCAAAUUCCGGUCCCGGGAUGAUGCUGUACACGGCGCGCACAUGACCUCAGUCUCUUCCUGCGGCUCGCGAGUCCCGCGUGUCGUGUGUGUGCGUUUGUAUUCGUCCGUGUACUGUAAUAUACGCGUGUUUGUGUGUGCGAGCGCGCGCGCGUCGUCUCCUCCGCCGCCGACUCGUGUGUUCCGUCGUCCGCCAGAAACCGUACUACCGGCCGUAUACGCGUUUAAACGCGUGCGUUUCCGUUCCGCCGCGCCGUGUGAAUUUUCGGACGCGUGUUUAUUUUUUCGUCUAUCGCGUUUCUUCCCCCCCCCCCCCUAGAAAAUUCGCGAUUUUCGACCGCCGAUCGGAGGCGUAAAAAUAAUAAUACAAAAAUCAAAUUACCCCGUCGUCUCGACCCACUCCCGCGCGUUUGCCCUACAGCGGACAGGCAGACGACAGUUCCGCGUCCGCGAUAUUAUAUUAUGACGUUGUGCUGAACUCUGGCGACACGCUGCGCAAUGUUCUCCGAUUACUGUUGCGACACUUGGCCGUCCCAUUGCGAUUACUACUCGUCGUACGACCAACUGGACUUUCAGUAUUACCGGGACGUAGACGGACGUGUCUACUGCGUUUACGUAAGAGGCUCUGACAGACUACACUAAUAUAGGUUUUGGGCAGAAUCGGUUUAAGGAUGGAAAAAAAGGGCCUCGUUAAAACGUUAUACAAAACUUUCAUUAAAAAAAAAAAAAAAUUAUAAUCACUUACGAAAUAAUGGGUGUACAUCUCUAUGUAUUUUUUUUUCGAGUUUUACUCGCCGAAAAAGUUUUCGUUUUAUCGUUCAAUAUUCGUAUACACAAUUCGUUUUAAUUAGAAAAGAACUUCUGAUCCGGGUCCCCUGGGACAUAUAAUUUUGUUGGUUUUUUUCACGUAUCGUUUUUUACGCCGUCCGAGCAGUUUUAAUUCUUGACGUUUUUUAUCGCGGGAUCAUUAUUUACUUAUUUUUUCAUCCAUUUCACUUACAUUGUGUGAUAUACCUAGUAAUAAUAAUAUUGUCGCCGUUUGGCUACAGCCGAAAAUGGAAAAUCUAUGUCUUCCAGGGGAAAUGGAGGCGGGGAAAAUGAUGUAAUAAUUUAGUACCCGGCGAUCGGGUGCCGAGAUGCAGCCAAUGAUGUCCACAUCUGUGCUGUGCUGUGCAGUGAGCACAUUCGUGUCGUACAUUUUACAUCUUUCGCGUCGAACGUUAUACUACUGUACGUGUAACGUGUGACGAUCGUAUACCAUGCGGACGGUAAAAUGAGCAAUCCUCGUUAAAUCGAAUCAUCGGGGUCCGGUUCCCGUUCAAAAGAAAUCGAGCAAUAUAGAGAAUAAAUAGAGAAAUUUAUAAUUAGAGCCCGCGCGUGACUUCCAUGUCGUGGCUGUCUGUGGCGCGAAGAGUAUCCACUAUCCGGGGGGGGGGGGAGUUAUGAAUUCCAAAUGAAAUUCUGGACAGGUUUUCGGUAUAGUAAAUUACUAUUAUAGUUGACACGAGCACGACGUAUACCACGUAUUUAAAACUUUAAGAAAAUGUCUGCAAUUGCAAUUAUCCAACUAUAUAUUAUACAUAUUACGUAUAAUUCGUAAACAACAAUUGCGAUUUUUCCGCGGGAGGGGGAGUAUAACUAUCAACCAUCUUGAUUCGCGUGGCUGGAGUCUGUAAACAGAAUAAGAGAUUUCGCUCGACUUUAUUUGUGCUGAUGACUCCCGUUGAAUGUGCUCGAAUGAGUGGCACACCCGACAUUUUUUUUCGGUGAGCUGAACACGUUGAACGAAACGGAUAUAUUAUAAAUUAUAAUAUCCAAAUUUAUUAAUUUAUAAAAAUCCUUUUCACGAGAGGUUUUAUACGUUUUACAAAAUAAAUAAUUGUGUAGGGUACCUACAGUUAUUAGUACUUGAUCUAGUCAGUAGAGCAAAUCAGUGGUAUAAAAACUUGGGUGGAAUGGGAGAUAUAUAUUUCAAUAUUCCAAUUACUGUACUCAAAUUUCAAUCUACAAUUCAAUAAUACGUUUUAACACAAGCACUCGUCAAUAAUCUAAAAACAUACAUUUUCUAAAACAAUUUUUUAGAUUCAAUAAUAAAAAAAUAACAAAUAUUAAUAAAAUGGAGGAUAAUUAAAGGAAAUCCAUAGAACAUAAAUCAGUGGUCGAGGUCAAGUGGUAGAUAUAGUAGUUAGUGGCCUAGUAAUGACAAAAUAAAUUAUUUAAUUUGAGUUUUUUUUUUAUUAUCAUUUAGUUUAUUUAGUCAUGUGUCUAGAAUACGAAAGAUAAAAAAUUAGGUCGUAGGGGGCUACGGUCGAUUUCGAGUGUGCUAAACCUCCUCUACAUAAUACCUCCGUCACUCAUGACUCGUGAAAAAAAAACAAAUGUUUUUCGGUUUUGGACGUCGCAUUUUUAAAUUAUACACUUAAUUAUGUCGUGUUUGCGGUCGUCGUCGGACAGAGCAACUCCGCGCAUGUACCCUAGUAGGGAGAGGCACCCAGUCCAUUUUACGAAUAUACCGACAAUUUUACCGAUACGAUGUGUGAGUCAGUGACUCAUUGUAUAAUAUUUAUGUCGUACACGAAUAGUAAUUAUUAGCCCAUUAAACCCGUGCCAGAGUUCGUUCUGACGGGAUCCACAAUGAAAAUCAUGUUCAUGGUUCACACCUUCGACGGAAUAUUGAAUGUGCGGAUACGAACAAUAAUAUUAAUCGUCGCGUUAAUUUAAUUUCCUCUCUCCCCCCGUCAGUUCGCUGGUAUUCGCAUUCCUCUGCAAACGAAACAAAAUAAUAGCAAAUAUACAGCAAUGAGCCUAAAAGUGUUUACAUUUAAUUGAACAUAAGUCGAGAAAAGGAAAGAAGGAGGGGUUGGGUCAAAUCAAAAGUCAUAUUAUACGUAUACAAUGUUAUUCCGAAAUUUUGAGAAUAUUCUUAUUAAGAUCAUUUGGGCGCUCGAAGUUUAUAACCCGUAAUCCGUGAUAAAAGUUUAAUCACCCUAUUAUUAAAUGUGAUAGUAAUAUAUUAGAAACAAAAAAUCUAUACAUUGUUCAAUAAUUAUUAUUUAUAAUAAAUCUACAUCGUAAUUUUUAUGUUACCUAUAUUAAAAUAUGGUAAAUGUUAAAUGUUUGUAGAUACGUUUGGACAAAAGUAGACAUGUACAUGAGCCAUAUACAUAACAGUAAAUAAUAAUAAAAAAAAAAAAUUGAAAUUUAAGUUUAUAAUAACAAAUUAAUUUUUUAAAAUCUGGUAUUAAAACCAGAUAAAAAUAAAUUAAGUUUUCGUAAAUUUGUCUAUAUUGGUAUUGUAUAUUUAUUAUUUUAUUUUGUUUUGUAGGCGAAAAAAGAAAUUUACGAUGUGAAGCAACAGAGACUGUAUUUAGCUCAAGACGAAUUCAAUCACCUCAACAAUGCUUUGACAACGUUAAACACAUCCAGAACUAGUCGUGAGUACCUAAACAAUAUUGAUCCCUUAAACUAUUAUGAUUUAAUAUUAUAGGUACAUAAUUUUUAAGUUAACAAUAAUUAAAUUAAUUAAAAAUAAGUACAUUGCGAUAUACCUAAUCAAUUGUGUUUUGUACCUAUAUAUAGUUUGUUCGAGUUCUAGUAAUAUAAGUACAAAAUAUGAUCCUGAUUUGCUCAAGUCGGACGUCGCUCAUGCCAGAGAACGGGUCACUAGGUUGAAACGUGAAUUGGAACAAAUCGGAGUAGAAAUGUCAUGUACCCGCCGUGGAGUCGAGACCCUUUCAAAGUAUGUUUUUAGUAUUAUUAAUAACUUUAAUAGUUGGAAUUAAAUUGGAUUCGGCAAUAACACAAUACCGUAUUAUAUUUAAUUGCAGUGUGGAGCAGAAAUUGUCGACUGACGGCAGUCGUUAUAAUAUCGUUCAAGCUCAAGCAAUUGUUAAUGAAUUGCGAGAGAUUCAACAAUCGCUGAGCUCUGGUCAACGGGAACGCACUGGACUGAUGCACUCAUUAGCCAAAUUGAAAGACGAUUUAACACGACUUCAACUUUGUUCCGCAACCGACGAUCCUGAUUUACAAAACCAUUCUUCGUCCACUCAGCUCAGCGACAAACUUAGCACAGCUUCACAGACAGAUUUAUCUGGCGAGGUAUGCACAACCAAUCAAUUAUUAUUUUAUUAUUGUUACUUCAUAUGAAAUAUUAACAGUUAGGUAAGUAAGUUGACGUAUAUCUGUUGGCUUACGUCAUUGAUUGGGUUAGAGGUCAAUUAUUUUGAUUAUAAACUAUAGUGAUUAAUGGCUGGUGUUGUUUUUUGAUUUAAUUACAUAAAUUAUUGGUGAAUUUAUGUUAUAUUGAUAAGUGAUUAUUUGAUUAUUUCUAGUUAAUGCCCAUGGGUACCAGACUCGCUGAAAUGGCACGAAUGCGUCUUGAGUACGAUGAAGCACGAAAGCGCAUUCAAAAUAUACAACAGCAGUUAGCGGAUCUAGAGGAAAAAGUUAUGCCUGGCCAAGAAGAGUCAGACAAAGAUCGAUUGUUACUCUUCCAAGAAAAAGAACAACUCUUGAGAGAACUCAGAAGCAUAACACCUCGUUCUAGAAGUCAUCGUGAGAUGACCGACAUUCAAGGAGAAAUCAAGAAACUUGAACAGGAUCUGAACAAUGCGUUGGAAAUGUCCAAUAGAGCCAUUACAGAUAGGUAAUUGAUAAUUUACCUGUGUAACUAAUAAUAAUAAUAAUAAUAUUACACUUACUGACAUUUUCUUUACAUUUUUAGAUUAAGAUUGCACGAAGAAAAACAGUUAUUAUUGCAACAGCUAAAGGAAGCAUUGCGUUCGAUGACAUUGUUAGAAUCACAAUUGAAAACAUUAUCUGCAUCAACCUUAUCAGUUAGUUCUAGUUCAAGUUUGGGUUCCCUGUCUACAACUAGUAGCAAGGGUUCACUUAGCAGUGGUCUUAGUUUUACUGAUAUUUAUGGGGGACCUCAAUGUUUGGCUCCAGCUACAUAUGAUAGGCCUGUUGAUAUGGCUGAUUUACAUAAAAGGUAAAUUAGAGUUAUAAAAUAUAUAUAAUUAUUUUUAUUUGUAUGUAUUUGUUUACUUUAAUAUUUUCUGUGUUAAGUAGAGUUGAGAGGCUUUUGCGAGAUGAUAGCCAACCACCAGCUUAUGAAACCAUGGGUGAAUCAUCUAACACUGUAUCUAAUGUGACUGGUGUGCCAUAUUCUAGAAGUUGUCGACCUACAAGUCCUCCACUUUCACCCAUAUCUGAAACACCUCCUAGGAGUGUAUCGGCUGCUGUUAGUGACGAAUCGGUCGCUGGUGAUUCGGGUGUAUUCGAAGCCAGUCAUAAGUCUAAUUUUAGUACAGAAACUUCCCAAGUUCAAAUUAGACUGAGGUAUUUUAAGAUUAAAAUUAAUAUAUGUUUAUAUUAUGUAAGUUAUAACAAGCUGUUAAGUAUUAAUUACUUGUUCUUUUAGGUACUCAAUAGCUGAGCAAGUUUUACAUGUUUGUAUUGAAAGAUUGCGAAAUGUAGUAGCAUUAUCCAUUGCAGAGUCAUGGCAAUUGUAAAUAAUAAUUUAAUAACAAUAUUUAUUGUUAAAAUUAUAUAGGUUUUUUUUUUUAAAAUUUACAUUUAUAUUUUUGUUAUUUAGAUUUGUCAAAAUUUCAUUACUGCCUAGUGGUUCAAACUCCUCUUUAAGUGGUUGCACAAAGCCUAUAUCAGAUCUAGCAAAACCAAGGUUUGGUGACAGUUUUGCGUUUAAUUUACCAUCCAACAAAUUAUGUACAAAAACUCUACAGGUUAAUGUUUGGGGAUUGGGUCCUGAAGAUAUAACCGAGUGUUUGGUAAUUAUUGUACAGUACAAAGUAAUAAUUUGAUACUCAUUAAUAAUAAUUACCAAUUUAUCAUAGGCUUGUGCUCAAGUGAGUUUGGCCGAAUUUAAUGAGACUGAGAACAACUCUUGGUGCAAAUGGUACAACCUAUUAAGUUUGAAAUUUAUGCAUAAUGGUAGUUCUCUGCCUUCAAUCUUGCUCAAAGAUGACGGCGGUGGUUCUGAUGAUUCUACCAUAAUAUCUUCUCAGACUUCAACACUUACACGUAACCAAGGUAAAAUUUGUAUUUUAAAAUAUUAUAUUGUAUUGUUACAACUAUUAAUACUUAAUUAAAUAAUAGGCUGUUGCGAAGAAAAUGAUGCAAAGUUUAUUAAUGUUGAUAAUUUGAACGAGAAUGGAGUAGAAUAUGAAGACGGUGAUUCAGAUGAUAGUGUAAGUGAUGAUGAUGAUGAAGAAGAGGAUGAUGAUGAUAUUGAAGUCUAUCAGCUGGUUAAUGAAAAGAAAGAAUUAGAACAAGUAUUGGAAAGUCCUGUAAGUAUUUAAUAUAUCAAAAUUUGUCUUAGGUUUUAUUUUUAACAACAGAGUUUAUUUUGUGUCAUCUUAAUAAUUAAAAAUCAAACGAAAUAGUGUUUUAGAUUCUGAGUGGAAUGAAGAAGCUUAUGGUUUAAAAAUGAUGUUAUUUUUUUUAUUUUUUAUCUGUUAAAAACUUUUCUACCAGAAAUAUUGCUCCGAUUUACAAGUGUAGCGCUUUUUCUGAAAGAAAAUCUGACUGGGAUGGUACUUUAAAGAAGUAUUUUUUUUGAUUUUCUCAAUAUAUUGGAAAAACUCGACAAAAAAACUAGUGGCAAAGUGUAUGAGUUAAAAAUUAUUACUGCCUUUUUUUCCUGUGAACAACUUUUUUACAAGCAAUUUCGUUUCCUUUUUACAAUUAUAGAACUUUUUCUGAAAGAAAAUUUGUUUGAAGUAGUACUUUAGCUAGGUAAUCUUUUGAUUUUCUCAGUAUAUUGUAAAAAACUGAAAAAAAAAAUGGGAGAUCAGAAAAAUAUGUACAAUAUUAAACAAAUAUUAUUAAAGAAAAUAUUUAAUACAUAUAUAAUUAUUUUUUUAAUAUGACAUUAUCUAUUGUUGACAAAGCAACACUAUCAAUUGAACUUUGCUCAGAAUCGUUUUUUCGUUAGCAAUAGUUUAUAAUUGCUUACAGAUAUACAUUAAACUCCCAUCUAUAUUCUAUCUUUUUUAAUUUGUAUUUAUUAGGACAAGGAAAACGACACAGAAGACAAAGAAACCAAUACAGAAGGUGCCUUUAGUGGUAGUAAUGGGGAAAAUAAUAGAGUACCCACUAUAGUUAUCAAAAGGUCACAGACAUUUUCACCAACUGCCAAAAACCAAUAUAUUUGUAAAGUAAGUUAAAUGUUACUUGGAAGAAUCUUCAUUUGUUCUAAAUUCUACAUUUGUUCUACAACUAUAUUUAUAAUGUUAUUUUAUAGUUAAAUCGAAGUGAUAGUGAUAGUGCCAUGAAUUUGUAUAGACGACACAUAUCGUCGAGUGCCAGCAUGAAAGGAAUAGGAGGCAGUAAUGCUGAUUUGGCAUUCCGCCGUAAUUGUUUAGAACGCCGGUCUUUAAGAGUAGGACGAGGACCUGGCACAUCACCUAGCAGAUGUAUGCCAAAUGUAAACAGUACUUCUUGGUGUCGCCCACCAAGGACUUCCAUUGAUCUAGAGCUAGAUAGACAGGCACAACAUGCUAGGCUAUUAUCGCUGAACGAUGAGAUAUCUAGGCUUAGACAGUUAAAAAAUACACUGGAAAUAGCCAAAGAAACUGGUGAUACUGAUGUGGCCGCAUGGGUUUUGGAAGAUGAAGAAUUUCAAAAUCUUGUUAAAGAGGUACAUUGAAAGUUUUAUUUUUCAGGUAAUAUUAUAAAAUUGUUGUUUUGCUAAUUGGGUAUUAUUUUAUUAGGCUGGUGAUAAGACUCUUGAUGAAAAGAAAGUAGAACGACGACUGAAGAGAGCUUCACAAAAAUUGUACAAUUUAAGAAAAAGUAAAGCCGGUCAAGGAAAACCAGACAUCAUUUCGUUUAAGUAAGGGCAAAAAUUAGAUAAACUUAUAGUAGAGUGAUAAUAAUAUGCAGGUGACAUUAUUAUUAUAAAUUAUUAUUUUUCAGAGAGAAAAUGGCUUUCUUUACACGACCAGGUGUUUCAGUACCUGUACCUCCCACCAAAUCUUCACAAGAUCAAAAGACUACAGAAACACGAUAUCAAUACACCGUAGACAGAGUAUACGGAGUAGAGGUUUAGUCUUACAUUUUUAAUUAAUAAUAAACUAACAAAAAAAGAUCCCACCUGCCGUUAUUUAAAGACUAUGAUUUGUAUAUAAAAUAAAAAUAAAUAAUAAAGAGAAAAAUUUCAGUUUAUUUUUUACUUUAAUUUGUAAUAUAUUCAAUGUUGCAUUAUUUGUUUUUAUUUUUUAGUUAAAUUUUAUUUAUUGUUAUUUUCUUAUCUUUAUUUUGAUGAUAUUAUUAUUAUUUUUAUUGUUAAAAUUUUUAAAAGAACAAAUAAGUAAUAUUUUGUAUGUGCCUUAAUUAUAUAGAUUUUAGAUAGGUAGACUUAGGUUAGGUGUAAGUAUUUAAACAUUGAAAUUUGCCAUAAUUUAUUGUUAUUAUAUUAUAUGACUAUUAAUACUGUGUAUAAAAAGAAACCAAUUUUAGAUCUGAUAGUUCAUUUUUUAUAAUAUAUAUUUUUUAAUAUUAAAUCUUUUGUGUUUAUAUUAUAAUAUAUACACAAAGACCAACUUUAACCCUUAUUGGGGAAAUAAAAUUCAAUAUUUUAAAUUUUUGGCUGUGAAUAAAAGUUAUAAACAGUACCUAUAAACCAAACAAUGGUUUCAUUUUGCUGAAUCGCACACCUUUGUAAUAGUAUUGUUAAUUUUUUAUUGGUGCUAUAAUUCGUCGAUUUAUUGAAAACUAUUAGGCUAUCAAAUACGAAUUAUUUAUAUCAGAACAAUGUUAAUUGAAUCAGGGUAAAUUAUUAAUAAUUAUUAAUAGAAUUUUU